AUGGUGAUCCAAACGAUCGAAGGCAUCGUUACCAAAGCAGGCGUCAUGGCGAAAACAGUCACCGUCACCGUCGAGCGGCGUCUAUUGCAUCCGAAGCUGCUCAAGCCAUACAUCCGACACAAAAAGUAUCUCGUGCAUGACGAGGGGAACUCGCUUUCGGUGGGAGACAAGAUCAUCGCCGAGGCAUGCCGGCCACUUUCCGCACGCAAGCGAUUCACACUCUCGGACAAGAUUGGCACCAAGCAGGAAGCGCAGGCGAGACGAGCCAAAGCGGAGAGCUUCAUGUCGGCAGAGGACAAGGAGAAGAUUCGCAUCGAGCAAUUGGUCAAGGACGAGACGGCCAAGCGAGCUGGUGGCAGCGGCUCAAGGCACAAGUCCACCAGCAUCAUGGUCAAGGAUGGGAAAGCAGACGACGAGAUCGCUCGACCGGUCCGCUCCAGCAGUUUGCGCGCCAACCACGCCUUGCAACUUCCACCAAGCCACUCGUCUCUGUCAGUGCGCAGCGACAAUGACAACUCGGGCUACAUCACCGCCUCGUCUAGUCGCGUCUCGCAGCUUGACAGCGAGCCAGUAACAGCGCUACCCCGUAUCGAUCUCAACUCGAUUCACUCCUCGACGCCCACAAAGAACACGCCAAUGUCAAGGACUCCUUCAUCAGACUCGCUGUCCGACAUGGGCAAUAGCAGCAACGACACCAGCCCGGCAAAUCUAGCCUCGCUCAGCUCGGUCACCACGUUCGUCCCAAGCACCCUCUCCGACCCUCCCUCCUCCGACGACGACGACGACGCUACUUCAGACCCUGAGGGCGCUGCCAGCAACGACGCUGACAUCGUCGACAAGUACGACUUUGACCUCCGCGACCCUCCUCGCAACCUACCUAGCUCAGAAAGCCACUGGUCUACAACGGACCACCUCCGCGAGGCCAUGGAAGGAGACGUCCUCACCAUCAGUCACUCGCAUGCUACCAGCAUCAACGAGUCGCGCCCAAUCUCGCGCUCCCCCUCCCACCACGGCGACUCAACUUCCCAGAAUCACUCAUCCUUUCCCAUGAGCAUCUCCGCGUCGUGGCCGUCGCUAGCGCUGCCACCCUCGGCGGUGAAGCUCCAACGUCGGAGACGCAACAUCCUGCUCAAGCUGCUAAAGACCUUCGAGGGGCGGGAACAGGUCCUGCACCUCUGCCACUCGCUCGUCCUGCUGCUCUAUUCGUCGCUGGAUCACCCGGUGCCGCAGACGUAUCGCGGCGCCAUCGCACGGCCAGUCGGAACAGUGCUCGCCUUCUCCUUCCCUCGCCCAAUGCGCGUCGCGCUCAUGCAAAGGAUCUACACCACCGCAGAAGGGAUCGACAACUUCCGUCGCGUCAUCCUCAUCGCUCGCUGGGUCACCUCCGCCACCGAAGCGGCGAUGGACCACUGGCAGCAAAUACAGGACAAUCGGAGACUCAAACAGAAAGCAAAGGAGCUCGAGAGAGAGGACCGUGAGAUUGAGUGGACGGGCGAAGAGCCGAUACACAAGGGAUCGGAUGAUGUCGAAGGCGCAUUCCCACGCUGGUUGCAGCCGCCCAGCCUUGCGCCCUUCGACGUCGAGGAUGAAAAGGGGGAACAGAGCUUUGCCAAGGCGCCACUACGCAAGUUGGGCAAGGUGACCGGGAGGGGGGAUGCGACUGGCGCUGUGGGAGCGGAUGUCGCUGAGAACGCCAAUGAGAAGCGAUCCACGAAGCCAGCUGGUCCCAAAUCAAAGUCCACCUCGAUGCUCCGACCCUUCACACGUCUCUUCUCCUCCCUCUUCCGCCACACCCACCUUUCGAUCGCCGCUGAGUCGCUCGCUACGAUCGGCGAGGCGUGCGAAACAGCCGCGGUUCUCGCUGGCGGAGGCAUGUUCUGGCGCGCCGUCGGGAUCCAACGUCUCGGCCUACCUUUCCUGUCCCGACGUCGACGCCAGGGCAUUGAACGGCUCGGGAUCGUCCUCUCUCUCUGCUCGGUGUUGCUGAGCCUCCUUGUCCUGCGCAUCGAGCGCAAGGCCCUUCGAUCCGAGCUCCGUUCUGCCCAUCGUCGAAUCAUUCGGGCCAACGACAAGCUCGGAUGGGCCACCGAUCUCGCCGGCACCACCAUCGAUCGCGAUCAGGCUCUUUCGCAUCGCACACGCGAUCCCUCCCGCUCGAGGACGCGGACGCAGAGUGGGGAGAAACCCGUCGACCUCCUCGGUGCGGAUCUGCAGGCGGCUGCACGGGAUCUCGAUGACGAAAGCGAUUCCAACUCGAGUAGGCUGAGCGAAACAUGGACCGUGGUGCCAGACGACGAAGAGCCUCGAAGGCGAACACAUCAUCCCCAUCCCCUCGACGUAUCGAGCAUGGUCAAGUCGACAGAGCGCUCACUGGUCCGGGCAGAGUCGGAUCUGCGCAACACUCGACGCAGGAUCAAGCUCAACUUUUGGGAGAAGGUGGCCAACUGGUCCGAAAGCAUCUUUUUGGGGUACGAAGCGGCCAUGCCUCAUGUGGACAAGGACGGUAUCGAGGGUUGGACAGGCCUCGUGGCCAGUGCGAUUCGGCUGUCCACCAUUUGGAAGGAGGUUAGUUGGAGUUAG